AUGGCCGAUCUUCCAUCAAGGAAAGUAACAAGAACACGCCCGUUUGAAAAUAUAGGACUCGACUACUUCGGCCCUAUAACCGUCCAUGAUGAUCAUAAGGAACGUACAAACGUUUAUGGAUGUGUAUUCACAUGUUGUGUAACUCGCCUCAUCCAUCUGGAGAUCGUAUCUGACGGAACCACUGAGAAGUUCCUCAAUGCAUUUCGUCGAUUCGUAGCUCGUAGAGGAAAACCACACCUGGUUACCUGUGAUAAUGCACCAACCUUUAUAUUGGGAAGUCAAAUCUUGAACGAUUCUCUAACCGAGCCUUCAACCAAUGAAGACGUAGCUCGUAAUAUGAGCAAUCAAAUGAUCGAAUGGAAGCAUAAUACUCCUUAUUCACCUUGGAAAGGCGGCUUCUAUGAACGUCUUAUAAAAUCGGUCAAACAAGCCCUAUUCAAGGCGAUAGGAAGACGCAUUUUAACAAUAGAGCAGCUGCAUACGUUCCUGGUAGAAAUCGAAGGAUGUCUUAACUGUAGGCCUCUCACCUACCAAGAAGACGACAUCAAUGAUGCUCUACUAACCCUUCGUCCAAUAGAUUUCGUGCAACGCGAAAUGGAAGUGACUCUUCCGUUUAAUUUUUCAGAAGAAGAAAAGGCAGAUCCUAUCUAUCGACCUCCCUCGGAAGAAUUACAAUUCGAAACCAGGCUACAAACCGAAAAAGCAUUGCAAUCUUCGUACAAACUCACAGAACGUGUCUGGAAAAAGUGGAAAAAUUCUACUUAA